UGCAAGGUGGGAGCACUUCGGAUGACCAGCCUGAUUCGCGGGCCUUUCUGAAAGUUGGCGGCCGGAGGAGGAGAGGCGGCGAGGCUCCGGCGCGAUGGAUCCAACGCCGCCUUCCCGAGAGUUGGCGGCGCCCGCGGGGAAGUCCCUGGGAGCGCAGCGCGCCGCGGAGGUCGUGCGCGCUCUGCCCCGCUAGGUACCGGCCGCCAUCCUCCCCCACUUUGCCUAAUUGAAAGCGGGCGGUCUUGGACGUAGGAUGUGCACGGCAGAGCCCACGGAGAGUUUGGCCGCGGGGGCUCCGGUACGCUCACAGGUGCUAGGGGUCUGUGGGCUUUUCUGAGCCGGCUCGUUUAGCGGUCAGGACGCCGGGCGGAGGAGAGGUGCGGGAGACCGGCGGGACCGCGGACCCUCUGCCGGAGGAGGAAAUCUUUUGUAAUCCACCACGAAUGAUGAAACCUUCCAUAGCGGAGCUGCUCCACAGAGGGAAGAUGCUGUGGAUUAUUCUUCUAAGCACAAUCGCUCUGGGCUGGACUACCCCGAUUCCCCUGAUAGAGGACUCAGAGGAGAUAGAUGAGCCCUGUUUUGAUCCAUGCUACUGUGAAGUCAAAGAAAGCCUCUUUCACAUACAUUGUGACAGUAAAGGAUUUACAAAUAUUAGCCAGAUUACCGAGUUCUGGUCCAGACCUUUUAAACUAUAUCUGCAGAGGAAUUCCAUGAGGAAAUUGUACACCAACAGUUUUCUUCAUUUGAAUAAUGCUGUGUCCAUUAACCUUGGGAACAAUGCCUUGCAGGACAUUCAAACAGGAGCUUUCAAUGGUCUUAAGAUUUUAAAGAGGCUGUAUCUACAUGAGAACAAACUAGACGUCUUCAGAAAUGACACUUUUCUUGGCUUGGAGAGUCUCGAAUAUCUGCAAGCAGAUUACAACGUAAUUAAACGCAUCGAGAGUGGUGCAUUUCGGAACCUCAGCAAACUGAGAGUUCUGAUUUUAAAUGAUAAUCUCAUCCCCAUGCUUCCAACCAAUUUAUUUAAGGCUGUCUCCUUAACGCAUCUGGACCUCCGUGGGAACAGGCUGAAGGUCCUUUUUUAUCGAGGGAUGCUCGACCACAUCGGCAGGAGCCUGAUGGAGCUCCAGCUGGAGGAAAAUCCCUGGAACUGUACGUGUGAGAUCGUGCAGCUGAAGAGCUGGCUGGAGCGCAUCCCUUACACUGCCCUGGUGGGAGACAUCACCUGUGAGACCCCCUUCCACUUCCACGGGAAGGACCUGCGAGAAAUCCGGAAGACAGAACUCUGUCCCUUGUUGUCCGACUCUGAGGUGGAGGCCAGUCUGGGGAUUCCCCACUUGUCAUCAAACAAGGAGCAUGCAUGGCCAACGAAGCCUUCCUCCAUGCUGUCGUCUGUCCAUUUUACCGCUUCUUCCGUUGAAUACAAGUCCUCAAAUAAGCAGCCCAAGCCCACCAAACAGCCCCGGACACCAAGGCCGCCCUCCACAUCCCAAGCUUUCUAUCCUGGUCCAAACCAACCUCCCAUUGCUCCUUACCAGACCAGACCACCCAUUCCUAUUAUCUGCCCUACUGGGUGUACCUGUAAUUUGCACAUCAAUGACCUUGGCUUGACUGUCAACUGCAAAGAGCGAGGAUUUAAUAACAUUUCUGAACUUCUUCCAAGGCCGCUGAAUGCCAAGAAACUCUACCUGAGUAGCAAUCUGAUUCAGAAAAUAUACCGUUCCGAUUUUUGGAAUUUCUCUUCAUUGGAUCUCUUGCAUCUGGGGAACAAUCGUAUUUCUUACGUCCAGGAUGGGGCCUUCAUCAACCUGCCCAACCUAAAGAGCCUCUUUCUCAAUGGCAACGAUAUCGAGAAACUGACACCAGGCAUGUUCCGAGGCCUACAGAGUUUGCACUACUUGUACUUCGAGUUCAACGUCAUCCGGGAGAUCCAGCCUGCAGCCUUCAGCCUCAUGCCCAACUUGAAGCUGCUAUUCCUCAACAAUAACUUGUUGAGGACUCUGCCCACGGAUGCCUUUGCAGGCACAUCCCUGGCCCGGCUCAACUUGAGGAAAAACUACUUCCUCUACCUUCCCGUGGCUGGUGUUCUCGAACACUUGAAUGCCAUCGUCCAGAUAGACCUCAAUGAGAACCCUUGGGACUGCACCUGUGACCUGGUCCCCUUCAAGCAGUGGAUCGAAACCAUCAGCUCCGUCAGUGUGGUGGGGGAUGUGCUGUGCAGGAGCCCUGAGAACCUCACCCACCGGGACGUGCGCACCAUUGAGCUGGAAGUGCUCUGUCCCGAGAUGAUGCACACGGCACCAGCCGGAGCCUCCCCGGCCCAGCCUGGGGAGCCCCACCUUCCGGGGGGGCCGACGAGUGCAUCGCCCUAUGAGUUCUCUCCCCCGGGGGGCCCGGUGCCGCUUUCUGUGUUGAUCCUCAGCCUGCUGGUCCUGUUUUUCUCCGCCGUCUUCGUGGCUGCGGGCCUCUUUGCCUAUGUGCUCCGCCGGCGGAGGAAGAAGCUGCCCUUUCGAAGCAAGAGGCAGGAGGGCGUGGACCUCACGGGGAUCCAGAUGCAAUGCCACCGGCUUUUCGAGGACGGCGGGGGCGGGGGAGGUGGGAGCGGGGGCGGGGGCCGACCCCCUCUCUCCUCCCCAGAGAAGGCCCCCCCGGUGGGCCACGUCUACGAGUACAUCCCCCACCCCGUGACCCAGAUGUGCAACAACCCCAUCUACAAGCCUCGGGAGGAGGAGGAAGCGGCGGCCGUGGCAUCAGGGCAGGAGGCAGGGAGCGCAGAACGCGGGGGUCCCGGGACACAGCAGCCGCCGGCCAUGGGCGAGGUGCUCCUGGGGAGCGAGCAGUUUGCCGAGCCCCCCAAGGAGAACCCCAGCAACUACCGGACCUUGCUGGAGAAGGAGAAGGAGUGGGCCCUGGCCGUGUCCAGCUCCCAGCUCAACACCAUAGUGACGGGGAACCAUCACCACCCGCACCCCCACCACCCAGCCGUCGGGGGGGUGUCGGGGGUCGUUGCAGGACCUGGGGCAGACUUGGCUGGGUUCCGCCACCACGAGAAGAAUGGCGGGGUGGUGCUGUUCCCCCCCGGGGGAGGCUGCGGGGGAGGCAGUCUGCUCCUAGACCGGGAGAGGCCGCAGCCAGCCCCCUGCACGGUGGGCUUCGUGGACUGCCUCUACGGCACGGUGCCCAAGUUAAAGGAACUGCACGUCCACGCCCCUGGCAUGCAAUACCCAGACUUACAGCAGGAUGCCAGGCUGAAAGAAACCCUUCUCUUCUCGGCUGGAAAGGGCUUCACAGACCACCAAACCCCCAAAAAUGAUUACCUCGAGUUAAGGGCCAAACUUCAAACCAAGCCGGAUUACCUCGAAGUCCUGGAGAAGACAGCAUAUAGGUUCUAACAGAAAAAUACAAAUAAAUUACUACUUUGUUUUUGUUUGUUUUUUUUUUUUUCCCAAAAGAAAAGGAAAAGGAAAGAAAUAUAUAUCCCCUGUUCCCUUUCCACGGUUCCCAAUCAAUCCAUUCUCACAGACGUUCCUGCCCCGAACGGAACCCACACCGCAUGGAAACUAGAAAAUACAAGCUGUAUGCGCUCCCCUCCCCGAUGCCAUGGGGAGGGAGGGCCAUCCGGAGAUCAUUAAUCAAUGAAGUGCCUUCGCAGACUUUUGCCAGCAAAUGUUAUCAUUAUUUUUUUUAUACUGAAACUUGAGACUUUGACUGUGCCAUGUAUAAGGUAUAUUGGGGAUCGUUGUAUUGAUCCUAAUGAAGUGAAAUUCAAUGUAUCUUUUGAUUUUCAGUA